GGGAAAUUAUGUUGGAAAAACAGUCUCUGAAAAGUAGCGAUGAAAUUCAAGAGAAAAGUAACAAAAGUACCAUUAGCAUAGGUAUUAUUGGAUGCGGCAGACUUGGAAAUCAGAUCGCUCAAAGUCUUUUGACAUAUGGACAAAUUGAAGCUAGUCAUUUACAGAUUUCAACAAGAAGACCAGAAACACUUGGUAAGCUUGAUAUAAUAUUUCUUAUUUUACAUUAUCAGUUAUAAGUGAAAAGUCAGUUAGGAUUUAUGUAAUUAGAUGAUAUUGAACAUGCUCACAGUGAAUCUAGGAUCUAUAAAUAUUUAUCACUCUUCUCUAUAAAAAUAAUAACUACUAUUCUAAACUAUUCUGUAAAAUACAUAUUGUAUUGCCUUUAACUUUAUGAUACGUUAAGCAUGGCCUUAUAGAAUAGUCCUGUUACACACAUUACAAUGGAUUGGAGGUUUUUAAAAAGUUGUGCACCACAUAUAUCAUCAUUAAAAAUAUGUGGUAAGGGGCAUAUUUUAAAAAAAAAAAUUUGAUGACAAUUUUCUGUGCUACCCAGUAGGCCUACUUGCAAAUUCUCAUUUUGUAUCUCGGCACACUCAAGUAGCCCUAUUAGGUACUUUUUUUUAUAAAAUUGUUUUACUUACUGAUUAUAAUUAUUUUUGUGGCUUAAUUUGAAAUGUCACCAAAAAAGUCCAACAGGACAAGAGAGAAGAGCAAGGGCAGGGAUGCAGAGGAUUAAUGGAUGAAAUCGUGGAAGAUAUUGAAUUUUCACAGGCUUUAGUGGCACCUCUCAUGUCAGGGGUUUUCCUGUGAAUUUUAAAAAUAAAAAAUACUAUUUUAAUAUUGAAAAAAAAUGACAAGCUUGGAAAAGAAGCCUAAAUAUAUAAAAUAAUACUCUUUUGAUUAUUCAAAUUCCAGGACAUCUUCAACAGAAAGGAGUUUCAUGCUUUUUCAACAACAAAAAGUUGGUUUCGUCUGUAGAUUUGGUGUUCUUUUGUGUGCUUCCAUCCCAAAUGCCUUGUGUAGCUUAUGAGGUUAAGGAUUCCAUUUCACCAACGCUGCUCACAGUGUGUCCAUUCAGCAGCCUGUCCCCCAGGAAAUUGCGACAAAUGCUUGGAACUUCUAAUAUUAUACGCCCUCAGCUGGUGUUUCCUGAACAAAAUCCAAAUCCAAAUUAUAACUUGGAGGUUGAGGUGGCACAAGCCUUCAAGAAUAAACAGACAGUCAUGGGAACAUGUCCUCUUAGUGUCCCACAAGAAGGUAUUAAAUAUAAAUUAAAUUUCAAGUCAGUUGUUUUUUUUUUUACACAAUAUAUUAGUUUCAUAUUUUGUUCUAGGAGUACUUUCUACGUUUACAAAACAAAAAAACAGAAUUUUAUUCUGCUUGAAGCAGAUUUAGAAAAUCUCUUUCAAUUGUCCAUCUCAAUAGACCAGGGCUUUUAUCUAUCACCAUAAUUUUUUUUAAUGUUAGAUAGAAUAAUUCAGCUGCUACCUUGUCUUAUCAGGAUUAACUGUUCACUCAGAUGCAAGGCUGGUAGGAACUAUUAUUUUAGCAGUUUCCAACAUGUGUAAACAUAAUGGACUUACAACUUCUCAAACUGUGGCCAUCAUCUCAAGAGCAGUAUUUGGCGAAAGCAAGAAGAAACCCCUGGCCUUUGAUCGUUUGACUGUUAAAGACUUUGGUGUUGCUAAGACAACAAAUGGCUCUGACAAGUAAGAAUCCAAAUGCAAAUUACUGACAUAGUGGUAGCUUUGAUUUUCCUUUUUAAAAAUUGUUAUAAUUAAUCAUUCAAAGUAAAUCAUAGAUAUUUUCCAAUUUAAGUUCAAAAACUAAACUCAUACUAUAGUACUAACUGCAAGCUGCUUUCGGGGCGCCAAUGGACCACUAUUGUUACAAUAUUGUGGAACAUAAGCCUAUUAUUAUUUUUCUUCAUUAAGGUCUGGAAAUUUUUUUGCUAUUAUCAUCUUAUUUAGUGUCAGUAUCUUUAUUUAUCCUAUAAUAAUUCUCCUCUCUGCAGAUAUUUUCCUCUGUAUGACCUAGCAGAUAGUCACGAGACAGAAACCACGUUGUUCAAAACAUUGCAGGGAAAUAAAUCCAUGCAAGAAGGGUUUGCUACAAGAUACUGGCAUGUGUUUGAUGAUUAUAUCUGCAAACAAACUUUUGGAUACCUCACAUAAACAUUUGGUAACUUUGGGGCCCAAUUAUUCAUGAGAAUGGUGUCCAAUGUGUGCUUUGGAGGCUCAAUCUGUAUUUUCGGUAAACAAGAUCUGCCAGUAGUAUCUGGCAGCCAAAUCUAGCCAUGCUAGUGCAAUUUCAGUCAUCUGAGUUUAUUGUAGGAAUAAAUGAGAGGACAAGUGUUAAUUUUCUUAUUGUGUAUCCAAUUAUCUAUAUCACAUGUGAUUUAAUUGCUCUUUGUAUUUAUGUAUCAUAUUUGUGGAUCAUGCUAUUUCGUCCCAGUUGUAUGUUACUUUAAGUAAAUUUAAAGGAAUUGCUUUUGGUGUCAUAGAACUGAUUCACUAUUUGAUUAUAUUAUUUGUUUUCCUUUGUUAUCCCAUUUAGAAUUCUUGCUUCUAACAGCAUGACAAAACACAUUUUAAAAAAAUAAUAAUAUAAUAAACCUGAGCAAGUCUGAAAUUUGUCAUUUUAGUUCUUAAUAAUCUCUAAUGAAAUUUGUCUUUUUCGUUCUUAAUUUGGUGAAAUUUGUCUUUUUAGUUCUUAAUAAUCUUUGCUGAAAUUUGUCUUUAUAAACACUACUUAUCUUUAGAAUGUGUGCAUGCAUAAUUUUGAUAUUAGUAUUUUGAGAUGUAUUUUCAGUUUUUGUAUUAGGAGUUAAUGGCUCCAUAAAGUUAAAAAUCUGAAAAAUUUGUAACCACUUUUGCAGAUAAGUCUUAGAAAAAUGACACUGCACUAUAAUUUACUUUUAGAACUAAAAAUAUUUUUUGCAUGUAAUUAUCCUGUCUCUAAAUUUUCCUUUCAUUUCCUUCCAUUAAGUCUCAAGGGGUCCUCAAAAUUUUUAAUCAGGGGGCUGGUUAACUGGCCCUGAGACAGUUGGGAAAGUUCUCUGUCCCUUACGUAGGGCCAGAUUACAGUUUGUAACAAAUAUGAAUGACUUCCUAUGCACAUAUCUAAUCUUUAGUGAACAAAAUAUAACUGGAAAAAAUAAAAUUCAAUAUUUAGAAUGAAGAAAACCUAAAUGAACAUAAAGUUAAUAGUAUUGCAAAAAGGAAGUAUGGGUCUGCUUUAGGUUAAAUAGAUGUCCAGUUGCAUAUUACCCAAACCCGUAUGGUGACAAGGGGGCUGGAUUAGGGACCCUUGGUGGGCCAGAUCUUGCCUGUGGACCUUAGUUUGAGGAUCCCUGCAUCACUAAAAUGUUCAGCAAAAUAUGUGGGAUGCAAUGUUUAUUAUGUUAUCUAUAAUUCUCAUUAGAUCAUCACAAAUGCAUUAGACCAAAAAAUGGAUCACCUUGUGACACAAAUUCAACCAAUGGUAGGGCAGGAUGUCAACAAUGAAACCAGUUCAUCUUUAUCAGGAUGGUAUUUAGUCUGGGUUUAAAAUUUGGGAUACAUGUUACUACUGUUGUCAACACACACACUCACAAACAUCAUUUGUCAUUUCAGUUGUUGGUCUUGUAAAACUAUUCAUUGCUCUGUUUCAGCAUUCAUUCCAGACAAAACAAAAUUCUAAAAGUUUAAAAUACCAACAAGUCAACAUUCAAAUCAACUUUAUAUCAAAACAAUAACUUUGGUCUUUGGAUUUUCUAAAAUAUUUGUUUUAUUGCUUUAUUUUACAUUGCUUUUUGUAUAAGUAUGUUCCUUAACAAAACAUGUCAUGUAAAGAGUGAUAGGGUCACUCGGUACCAGGAGCGGACUCAUGUUUUAUAUAAUGUAUAACUACUGUUAUCUCAACAUGAAGGAUUUACAAUGAAAAGCUUACAACAAAAGUAGCCAGAAAAAUACUUGUGAAACUCUUCACUGGAUGAAUCAAUAUAUUAUAAUUUUAAGGUGGUCAGCUUAAUAUUUAUAUAAUUACUUUGAGAUGCCAUGUUGUUCUAUUACUAUGAGCUUAUUGAUUGUACUGUGUAAAUCUGUUUAUUUUGGAAUAUUGGUGUUAUGUUGCGUGGUUGGUUGUUUCUAUGGGAAUAUUGGUGUUAUGUUGCGUGGUUGGUUGUUUCUAUGGGAAUAUUGGUGUUAUGUUGCGUGGUUGGUUGUUUCUAUGGGAAUAUUGGUGUUAUGUUGCACGGUUGGUUGUUUCUAUGGGAAUAUUGGUGUUAUGUUGCAUGGUUGGUUGCUUCUAUGGGAAUAUUGGAGUUAUGUUGUGUGGUUGAUUGUUUCUAUGGGAAUAUUGGUAUGUUGCGUGGUUGGUUGUUUCUAUGGGAAUAUUGGUGUCAUGUUAUGUGGUUUCUAUGGGAAUUUUGGUGGCGUGCUGUGUGGUUGGUUCUAUUCUAUGGGAACAUUGGUGGUGAGUUGUGCGUUUCUGUUUUUAUGGGAACAUUGGUGGUGAGUUGUGCGUUUGUUUUUAUGGGAACAUUGGUGGUGAGUUGUGCGUUUCUGUUUUUAUGGGAACAUUGGUGGUGAGUUGUGCGUUUCUGUUUUUAUGGUAACAUUGGUGGUGAGUUGUGCGUUUCUGUUUCUAUGGGAACAUUGCUGGUGUUUUGUGCGGUUUUGUUUCUAUGGGAAUAUUUCUGCAACUGCUCACCACAAGCAUCUGUAAGCAGAUUUCAACCAAAACAAAUCUAUCAAUUCGUUUUCAGAAAGAAAACAUGACUGCAUAUUUUGUGCUCAAUGCACUGUGUAUUUUAAGUACACAUGCAUUGCUUGUUAAAUUAUAAUAUGAAUCUUGAAUGCCUGUGUAGAUAAACAUCAUGACUAAAGCUGGCGUUGAGAGUACAAACAAUUUUUGUUUAAUUUUUAAGAAUAGUUAUAGUUAUACAUGGCUUACAUAGAAGUUGUUUACUUGUUGCAAAAUAAAUUUUUAAUAACAUCAAUUGUCCUUCAUAAGGGCCCCGAACUCUGUCAGCUGAAUUUCCUUGGUGCAGGCCUGCUUUAUGAUUGCUAUUACUUGAUAAUCUUUGUCUAAAAACCGUAGAUGAAUAAACUCUGACAUAGCUGUUUAAAUAUCUAUUAUGGUUCACCUGUCCAUUUCUAAGUGUUAUCUAGAUAACUUAUGUUUACUACUGUACAAGACAAGAUAGUGGAUGAGAUUUUUUUCCAGCUUUUUAUUGUUAUAAAAUUGACAGAUUACAUAAACUGGUAUGAUACAGUUCAGCACCUUGGUGAAGCUCCAUGUGCCAAAUAUAGCAUCAAGAGUCAUGUGAUUCAAGCACACCAAUGAAACAAAAGAACUAUGUACAAGAGAUGAAUGAACAGAAAUAAGGGCCACAUAUUGUUUGGCUAUGGUGAAACUAGAAUACAUUUGAAUAGUAACAAUAAAUAGCUUCAACAUACACAACAAACCAACAGUAGAGUAAUAAAUUAGCAAUACACAAGAUUAUCCAGUUGUAAAAAAACAAAAAAAAAACAACAGAAAGACACAGCUAUUAUUCAUGCAUUACAUUUUAACAUAGAAAUAUAUGGUGUUUUAGAACAAUGGGACUGAAGCCUAUUUAAUUCAGUGUCGAAACAUAACCUGAUAACAAGUUGAGUUGUAUACAAUACUUUAAACAUAUCUUUCAAAUGCAGAUUUUUGUCUUCUUUGUAGACCUGAUUAAAUUGUAUUCAAUUAUUUGCAUGCCUACUUUUUAAUUACUAAUGAAAAAAUACAUGACUAAAAUGACUAUCAAAAAACAUCCAGAACUUUAAACUGAUUUUAUUUUGCAUUUUUACAAACAAGAAAUGAACCUGAGACAACACACAUUUUUUUUUUUUGGUAGUUUUGUUGGAGGACAGAAACGUAGUCAAAUUAAAUAUGUGUUUCUGAUUCAUUAUGCCAUUUCUAUUUCCAACAUUAGUUAAAUGAUUCAAAGCACUCGUACACACCUCCGUUUUCUAUGAUGUACUAAGCUAAUCAUUCUCACAAACCCUGACUCAGAACAUGAACAAUGUAGUGAGCUAACUACAUACACUAUUUUAAGAUAAAACAUCAGAUAUUUUUUUUAGCUGUACUUUUAAAAAUGAAUUCUACCAAGUUCAUUGUUUACAUACAGUGUUUUAUAUUUUAAAAAAUCUGAAAUAAUUAUAAAACGUCACAUAUUUUUUAAGCUCUACUUUUAGAAAUGAAUUCUCCUGAGUUCAUUGUUUACAUAAAUGUUUCAAGUUUUUCAGGAAGCUAUAAGCAUACUUUCUCUUCACUUUUUUUUUCCUCUAAAAUUUUUUUGUUUGUUGCUAAAACAGUUAUUUGGGCAAUAUGACAUUAUCAAUAUCAGUUUAUCUGGAAAAUCACUUCUGGGAAAUAGGACAUUUAAAAAAAAGUCAAACAAAAAAUAAAAACACUGGUAUUUUUUAGCUCCAAACUCAAGGCACAUAAUUUGCAUACAUUUUUUAAAAAGUUGAAACACUAAAGGCAGUUAAUUAUGGGCCUAUAAUAAAUUAUACUGUCUUAAAACACUGCUCUACAAACUAAAACUCUUUAUAAAGAUUAUUCUUUCUUUGUUAAAACAAAUUGUAAAGAAACAUUUUACAUUCAUUUUUCUUAUUCAGAGUAUUUUAAAGUUUUUUUGUUUUUUUUGCCAAAUCAAAGGGCUUUAACUCUAGUAAAGAUAUAUUUGCUAAAUCCAGGGCACUAGGGAUAAAUUGUUUUAUCACAGAAUGUCACAUCAGACAGCCUACAUUCACUCUGUACAAGGGUAUCAUGUAUUUUAUACUAUUAUACAGUGGUUCUCAGAGAAGUUCUGUCUCACCCAAGAGCUUCACUUGUCUGGGGGCUUACAUCAGAAAAAGCAAAUAAACUGUGCUAAAGUAUAAUGAUCUUCUAAAUUCAGCUUUCAAAAUUCUGAUAUAUAACCAAUGUCAAAGUGAGCUAAGCAGGCUAAACCAUUUGAAGACAAAUGAAAGUACUCUGAGCUUUAGCUUGAGGAGCUCCUAAAACUACCAACACAAACCACUGGGGCUGUGAGGGACGCCUGAACACACCUCAUUUGGAGACACUAUCUCCAUAUUUCUGGCCAGAUGAAACACACUCAGAGCUUUUGCCACCUGCCUACAAACUGCAAAGGAUGGCCAGUUUCUUUCGUCAAGGUAUAAGUUACAUUAUAACAUGGUCAUAAAUAAUUCAACAAAUAAAGACACUUUCAGAAUGUAGCCUGUUUCAGCGUUGACCUUUUCCUAACCUUUUAGAGUGUAGCCAGUUUCAGCAUUGAACUUAUCCUCACCUUACACUACUUACAGACAAGUUUACAUUUCAAUUGAAAUAUUCUCUCCAUUCGAUCAUACUUUAUGAUUUAUGCCAAAGCUAGUUGAGAACCACUGUGUAUGAUGACCACUGAUUUACACUGAAAUAUUAUUCCAUCCAUUCAUGGUACACCACAAACACUAGGUCCAUUUUAGGACAAAAAGAUUGGUGCUGCAUUGGAAAAUUUGUUUUUAAAAAAGUUGUUAUGCUUUAAAACAAAAGUGUACAUGAAUAGAAACAGUACAAAACAGCAGUGUUGUAACGAUGCAGCUGAUUAAUAUCUUUUUCAAAACUAAAAUUAUUUAAGGCAAAAUUUGCAUAAAAUAUCUAAGUGUAAGCUUUUUUUUUUUUUAAGUGCAUAUUUGUUCAAAUCAUUGAAAACAUUUUGUAAAUAAAUUUUUGGUUGGGGAAUUUUAAUUUUUUUUUCAAAAUAAUCAAAUAAAUAAAACAUUAUUACAAUUUAAAAAAAAAAAAAUAAUUUAAAAAAUUUUGUAAAUAAAUUUUUGGUUGCGGAAUUUUAAUUUUUUUUUAAAAAAAAACAAAAAAAAAAAACAUUAUUACAAUUUAAAAAAAAAAAAAAAAAAAGAAGGUAGGACACGAAUGUUAGAAUAAGCCAGUUUAAAAAAAAGAAUAUAUAUAUAUAACCUUUCUGACAUGUUUCAUGUAUUCCUUAAAAUGAUAUAAUUUAGCAAGCACAUUUUAGAUGCUCUGACCUGAAAGCUCCCAUAAGGAUUGAUGAAGGCCAUAAUAAACACCAAAAAUCCAUCUCCUUUUAUAACACACGUGAUACAAUUUAUUCAAAUAAACAUAUUUAAAAAAUCCAACACUUUCUCCAUCUAUGAUAAAAUAAUGCUCCGAACUGUCACUGGGGUGAAGGUAAUAUCCAUUCAGGUUACAGAAAACAAAGACAUUUAAAACAAUUGUGCAGAUUUUUAAAAAUCAAACGUUUGAUCAUCAUAUUUCAAUAAUGCAUCCAAAAAAAAACAAAAAAAACAAACCCCGCAGUAGUUGCUAAAAAUGAAAGGCAUUGAACAUGAAAUUGUAUGUGUCAUCAAAGCUUUGGCUUUUAAAAUAGUGAUGUAUAUUUGACAUCAGGUGUUGCUGUCAUUUCAUGUAAUAAAACUAGAAUAAAAAGCCAAGUACGAGCCUCCCUAAGGAUGAGGUGUCUUGGGUCUUGUUAGUUGAGAAUGCUUUG